AUGGAGAGAGGAAACAUGGAUGAAGGACUGACCACAAGCUCACUCCUUCUUGCAGAAAAGGAAGUUAGAGAUGGUUCCUUCAAUUGUAGUUUCAUUUGGGGAUAUUCAUCACCUGUUGAGCAUGAACUGAUGGAUGAUCUGGGCCUCUCUCUGGCUGAGUACUCAGUUUUCGUAUCAAUAUGGGCAUUUGGGGGAAUAAUAGCUUCACUAAUGACUGGUACAGCAAUCGAUUUUAUUGGUCGGCGAGGUACAAUGUUGUUUGCGGAUAUAUCCUGCAUCAUUGGAUGGCUACUGAUAGCAUUGGCCAAGUUGAUGCUGUGUUCUGGCAGUUCACUCAUUUUUUUCAUUCGAACCAUUGUUUCCUGGCGCACCUUGGCUCUAAUUGGAAUGGUUCCAGGCCUGUUACAGUUUAUUGGUCUAUUCUUCGUUCCAGAGUCUCCUAGAUGGUUGGCAAAGCUUGGUCGGGACGAAGAACUAGAAGUUGCUCUACAGAGGCUGAGGGGACCAAGAACCAAUGUUUCUCAAGAGGCAGCUGACAUCAAGGUAUCAUUUCAGACUAUUCAAGAGCUAGCUAGAAUUCUAGAUUUGUUCCAGAGGAGAUAUGCUCAUUCACUUAUCGUUGGAGUUGGGUUGAUAGUGCUGCGACAAUUUUCAGGGAACAAUGCAAUUUGGUGUUAUGCCAGUUCCAUCUUUGAGUCAGCUGGUAAUCAAGGACCUUUAGUAUUACUUCUUGUAUUUGAUGGAAUUCCAGCCCCGGCUUUGGGCCUACUCAUAAUAGAUAAAUUCGGACGACGACCAAUACUAAUGGUUUCUGCAGCUGGAAUGUGCUUCAGUUGCUUCCUCGCAGGAUUGUCAUUCUUACUGCAGGACCUGAAGCAGUGGAAGGAGACCACUCCUAUUUUGGUGCUCAUCAUCCUACUGAUUUAUUUCGCAACAUUCUCAUUGGGUGUGUCAGGAGUGCCAUGGCUUGUGGUGUCAGAGAUGUAUCCCAUAAACAUAAAAGGCUCAGCUGGGGGCCUGGUGAGUUUAGCCAACUGGUUCUUUUCUGUGGUUGUGACAUACACGUUCAACUAUAUGUUCGAAUGGAGCUCUCCAGGAACAUUCUUCUUUUACUCUCUCAUCUCUGCUGCCACCGUUUUAUUCACUGCAAAGUUGAUACCAGAAACCAAGGGGCGUACGCUUGAAGAGAUACAAGCAUCAAUGACUAAGUUUCUUGAGUAA